UUUGUGAUACACAAAGCAGCUGUAAGCGAAAAGUGUUAAUUUAGCCAUAAUAAAUUACCACUAAAUUACCGAGUUUCAAUCCCCAGUUUUUCCUGGGCAGCCCAUACUAUACUUAUUAGAUACUUGACUGAUGAAGAUUAUGCAAUCGCAUUUUCAUUCGAUUCCUUAUCAAUGAUUUAGAGAAAGUAAACAUUUUUGGAUCGAAGUGUCGAAUAGCCGGUGUACAAUUCUGUGUACAAUCGACCCUAUCCAUUAGUCGGAUGGUUGGCGACAACGAUUAGGACUCGAAAUCGAAUCAUAGUGGCUGCCACUCCUGCAUUUGAUUAAUGGAUGCCAUGAAUUCGAAUGGAAAGAGGUGGCGAGAUGAUGUGGACCCUGGGUUCGAAUCCAAGAGGUCAAGGGGUGAACCAGGUAGUGAGUCGCAGUCCCCAGCUUGUAUGGAUGAUGAAGUUUUAGACUUCUCAAAGACCAGUGCAUCCAAUGCAUCAACGCCAACACCCAGGUUGGAGCCCAAAGAGGAACUGAAGGAGAAUAAAGAAAACAUUGGUUUGGAUGAUGGUCCGAUGGAUCUUAGCACGAAGCCAGCCUCUACUCCAGAUGUCAUCACAGUUUCAGAUUCUGACGAUGAUGACUCUAGAGGUAGGGGUAAUGACCUUAGUGAUGACGCUGCAUUUGUUAAUGGUGAGUGGACGGAAGAAAAAGCACAUGUGGUGAAAAUGUUCCGUGAAGAUUUACGUAAUGAAGAAGCCAAGCUUGUACUCUUGAAAAAGCUACGUCAUAGUCAACGCACACAUCAACUGCAGGAUUCAAACACAAAUGCGAACAAGGCUCAUUCUGGCACGCAGCGAACACCUAACAAUGCCCCUCCGCCUUUGGUUAGAGGUACUGGUUCGUCCACUCCAAGUAGUCACACGGUCAGCAUGUCUUCUAAACAGCAGCAACAGCAACAACAGCAGUCAAUGGCUAGAGCUCCCACAAGUGCUCAUAAUCAGCCAAUGAGGCAAGCUCAUCAACAGCCUCCACCUCUGGUAAUGAGCCAGAAUAUGAGCAGACAUGGUCACUCCUCUUCACAGAGUCGUAGUGGGCAUAGUUCAUCUCCAAACCUGAUGUCUGGUUACCGGUCUGGUCAAACCCAGCAUUCACAGCAGUCACAGUCCCAGCCACCUGCAUCACAACCUCAGAUAGACACGCAGACCCCAGCCCAGAGGCAAGCUGCUGCCAAGCUAGCUUUGCGGAAGCAGUUGGAGAAGACGUUAUUGCAGAUCCCGCCACCCAAACCUCCACCACCAGAGAUGAACUUCAUACCAAGUUUGGCUAGCAACGAGUUCAUUAUGCUUGUUGGUUUGGAGGAAGUAGUCAAAACAAUCACUGACCUCGAUGCUGCUGCCAAGGGUCAGAAAACGCAGGAAGUCAAAUACGUGUUCAAUCCGUUUACCUGUGUUCAGUGCGGCACUGAUUUCACUCCAGUGUGGAAGCGCGAUAAACCGGGCUCAAAGAAUGUGAUUUGUGAAACUUGUGUCACAAGCAAUCAAAAGAAAGCUCUAAAACAGGAACACACAAACAGACUGAAGAGUGCUUUUGUAAAAGCACUCCAGCAGGAACAGGAGAUAGAGCAACGCAUGCAAUCGCAGCCAGCUGCUGCCACGACUACCGCACCAUCCCCACAGCCUACUCCGAGCAACCCGAUGAACUUGUCUGGGUCAUCUUACAAACAUUCACAAGCUCAGCUCACCCACCACAACUUGUUGCAAGCGCACCAGGCACAGAUGAGGAAUAACCCACAAGCUGCAGCAGCUGCUGCAGCUGCUCUUGGCCUGCCAGGAUUUAAUCCUCGGAUGCCUUUCCCUUUCCCAUAUACCAAACCAUCAGAUAUUCAAAGGCAAUAUCUGCUGGACAUGAUUCCUAGUAGGAACCUUCCUCACGGUGCAAUGCCAUGGGGGAAAAACUAACUCUCUUUUUCUUAUACUCUGGGAUUUUCUGUUGAAGGAAAUGGAAAGUAUAUGGAAAUUGUCUCGAGACGCGUUGGAAUAUUUGUCACAGGUACACUUGAUCUGUUCCCUUUGAUUUCUAAGUUCGUCAUCGGAAUCUGUCCUGGUUCAUUGUUGCCGAGACAUGAUACAGAGAUUGUGUUUCAAGAGAGAGCAGUCCAUUUUGGUUGCAACUUUGUAGAAAGUAAUGAGGAUAAGUGUUUUUUUGGGGUGUAUAAUUGUACCAACCAUAAAACCACCUCAUCCAAGUCGUGGACCUACUCAUUUUAUCACAGUUUUAUUUCUUCAUUUCCCAAUGAAGGACAGGUGGUAAGACUGUGAAAGCAGUCAGAUUCAAGAGUAGUCUUGUGGAAUUGAAAAGGGACAGGUAGCUCGGCAUUUACAAUUAAACUUUUACAGCAGCGACACUAAGUCACUUUAAGUUCAACAGGUUCAAAAGUUUGAGUUACAUGUGUACACCAGUAGUGAGUAUGGGUUUUGGGAAUGUUGAUAAACUUGUCGGUUUAUGAUUUAGCAAUAUUCUUAUAAUCCAAAACAAUUGUCAAGGAUCAUGACUUCUUGUCAGCUGCUGCACUUAUUUUUCUUCCAUAGUUUUCUUUUGUGGUUGAUUAAAUCCUAACGUCUUUUAUAUGAAAUAUUUGUAAUUAAUUAGUACAAUGUAGUUUUAAUGAAUUCAUUUAGAUUUUUGUAAGAGUUACGAUGGUCCAGGUUAUCAGAAUCAAAAAGAUAUGCAGUGCUGAGUGCGCUUUAACAUGAGUUUGACUUGGUGGGCUGGUUUUAAAACUAGUUUUCAAUAGUUUUUUUUUUCUUUGUUUGCUGACAAUUUUGAUGAAAAGCACUUCUGGUUCAGAUUGCUUGAUGAAAUCUGAUUUCUUGUUUAUCAGUUUAUAGAUGCUGAAUAUGAAGAAGAGAUUCCAGUCCUCCAUAAUUUGUGGACAUAAUCACUUUGUAUGUGAUUACCUGGCUGAUGUGCUCAUAUUUGAGGGUGAUUUGAACUGCUAAGAUCAUAAGAUGCGAGUGCAGUGUAGGUUUAGAUUGUACACAUAUAUAAUAUUUAUCACUUAAUGACGUAUGUUUUGUACCAAGAAUAAAAUGUUAAAUAUCAA